CUAUCUUUUUUUGCCUUAGUGAUUAGAGCAGCCGUCCUUGAGCUUAUCCAUUUAUUCUGCAGGAUUUUUCACCACUGCAUGCUCUACAGCUUUGAUUUCUCUCAUCCAUAAAUCAGCAGGAGAACUGCAAAGACAAGAAGAAGGGCUUCACUUUUAGAAUAAGAUAUGGAUCUGGAUCAAGGAUUCUACCGACAUGUGGACGUCCCAGACCACGUUCACUACAUCGUCGCCUUCUUUGUGUUGGUGAUUGGAACAGUGGGAGUUACUGGGAAUGCCUUGGUCAUGUAUGCUUUUUACUGCAACAAAAAACUUCGAACACCUCCGAACUUCUUCAUCAUGAACCUGGCUGUCAGUGACUUCCUCAUGGCAAUUACACAGUCACCUAUCUUCUUUGUUAACUCCCUGUACAAGGGGUGGAUUUUUGGAGAAACGGGAUGUAAAAUAUAUGCCUUCUGUGGGGCUUUAUUUGGCAUUACCUCAAUGAUAAACCUUCUGGCCAUCUCUAUAGACCGUUAUAUAGUCAUCACCAAGCCUCUACAGUCCGUAGGGUGGACAUCUGUGAGACGAACUUGCCUUAUUAUUGUCGUGGUCUGGCUGUAUUCACUUGCCUGGAGCCUUGCACCACUUUUGGGGUGGAGUUCAUACAUACCAGAGGGCCUGAUGACCUCAUGUACAUGGGACUACGUGACAUCUACUCCAGCUAAUAAAAGUUACACUUUGAUGUUGUGCUGCUUUGUGUUCUUCAUCCCUCUAGGCAUUAUAUCCUACUGUUAUUUGUGCAUGUUCCUGGCCAUUCGUCAAGCAAGCAGAGAUGUGGAGCAGUUGGGUUCUCAGGUGAGAAAGUCAACCUUGAUGCAACAGCAGUCAAUCAAGACUGAAUGGAAACUGGCAAAGAUUGCCUUUGUGGUUAUCAUCGUGUUUGUGCUUUCCUGGUCGCCCUAUGCAUGUGUCACCCUCAUCGCCUGGGCUGGAUAUGCAAGCAUCCUCAACCCUUAUUCCAAAGCUGUUCCUGCUGUAAUAGCAAAGGCAUCAGCUAUCUACAAUCCUUUUAUCUACGCUAUCAUACACUCCAAAUACAGAGACACACUUUCUGAAAAUGUUCCCUGUCUACACUUCCUGGGCCGUGUCCAAAAGAGGGAUGGCACAUGUGUGUCACACUGCAAGUCCUCCACCAGAGAUUCGAUGCAGAGUGUGGGGUCAUCAUUCUCCAAAAAGCAGUUCUCCCGAAUUUCCUCCAUAUCUACAUCAGACACAAAGGUUUGGAGUGAUGUUGAGCUGGAUCUCAUUGAUCAAAGUAAUUCUCUAGAGUCCAAUUAUUCCCUUGGAGCAGAAAGGGAGAAAGAGUUCGAGCCACUGACUCAGCAGACCAAAGAAAAUGGAAGUCAAAGCCAGGAACAAAUAGGUCUGUCAACAGAAUGAAGUUCUUGGCCUAGAAGAGAGGGAUCCUGAAAGUGGAAUAGUGAGAAUAGUACAGAAAGAAGAGAAUGAGCCACACAUCCAUAUCAUUCAAGACUUUGAAGAAAGCUGUAUGUGCCCAUUCCCAUGUGAUGGUGAGUCUGAACUCAAAGGAGGGCCUGUUGUUCCACAGCAAUCAUGAGGACAACGGUUGCAAAAAGCAGACGGAGAAACACAAGCCUCUCUUUACAGUCCCUGAACUGUUAUUCUCCAAUAACUGAAUCCACAAAGAUUUCUCUUCACAACACCA